AUGUCCCUAGAAGGGGCUUCUAAAAUUGAUCCGGAAGAGGAUACUGUGUUUGAAGGAGAAGCAGAUGAACAUGCAACAGAGUCAGCCGGUGAGGCCAAGGUGGUUAUGGAUGAGCCUUCGCUUGAGCUGCUGCACGGCAGUACCGUGGACUAUACCACCGAGUUAAUCGGGAGCCAGUUCAAGAUUGUAGAUAACCCCCGCGCAACAAGUAACUGCGGUUGCGGAACAAGUUUCGAUGUCAGUGAUUGA